AUGUCUCUUGCUCCAAGAUUUAUCGCAUCUCACACUCUCAAGCCUGUCUGCGCUUCCACUGCCAACGUCGUUGACCUAUACCUCGACUACUGUUGCCCGUUUUGCAAGAAACUAUUCUUCAACUGGUACGAGAAACUCAUCUCUCAGAUUGAUUCCGAGUUCGGUCCGGAGACCUUCCAGUUCCGAUUUUUACACGUGCCUCAAACCUGGCAUCCCACUUCCACUUUGAUGCACGAGGUGGCGCUCGCUGUUGCUCGCCUUGCUCCAGAGGAAUUUUUCUCGUUCUCGUAUGCCCUUUUCGAACAACAAUCGCGCUGGUUCGACGAGCCCACUUACGACAAGUCUCGCUCUCAGAUCUAUCGGGAGCUCGCCGACUUUGCCGAAGAAACCUCCGGAGUGUCCGCGUCGCGCAUUUUGGAGCUGGUCGCCAUCGACACCUCUUCAGGGGAGGCCAAGAACUUGGGGAACGCCGUAGGAAAGGACCUGAAGUACUUUACGCGGUUGCACCGUCAGAACGGCGUGCACAUGACUCCAUCGAUCGCCAUAAACGGCAUUCUCCAGCCCUCCAUUGAAAGCAGUACCCCCGCGGAGGAUGUUCUCCGCGUUUUGCGCAGCCAUCUCUAA